AUGACUUGCGCACAAACCCUCGAGCUUAAAGAGCUGCGAGCCUCUAUGGCUCGAACGGUAGCUGAAAUACGCGCUAUGAAAUCCCAAGUGCACAACGCGACAAGUGCCGCACCCGAAAUCGACCGAAUGCUCGAAGAAACCCAAAGAACCCCGUUCACUGCAAGGAUCACGGAAGCCAGGAUUCCCGAGCCAGGGAAGGUGAGAAUUCCGUUCUACGAAGGAACAACCGACCCAAAAGCACACAUCACAGCGUUUCGAAUAGCGAUGGGGCGAGCCUUCACAAAGAACGCCGCUAAACUCACCGAGCGCGAAGUGGAUGCCGGAUACUGUCUGCUCUUCGUGGAGCAUCUCAAGGGAGCCGCACUCGAAUGGUUCUCAAGGCAGGAACGAAAUUCAAUCGGCAGUUUUCAGCAGCUCUCCGCCUUGUUCCUUAAACAAUACUCGAUGUUUAUGGACAGAGGAACAUCUGAUGCCGAUCUAUGGACACUAUCUCAAGGACCGAACGAACCGCUUCGGGAUUACAUGACGCGAUUCAAGGCGGUCAUGGCUCUCAAUACGCCGCAAACAAUUCAAGACGCGUUGCACCGAUCAUCAGACUUCGUCGUAAACGAGGAGGAAAUGAAAAACUUGGACGAGCAGUACGAAGCCACGAAAGCAGCGAUCCGAAGCUCAAUUUUGCCACGCCCAGCAAAGAAGGGCAAUCCAUCAAGCAACGCGGCAACGCAGAGUUCGGAAGAGCCCAGGAGCGGAGGUGCCCAUAACUACCAGGUCAGCUCCGGACGCGGAAGAGGAGAGCCUCGCAACAAUACUUGGGUAAGAAAGUCAGCCAACUACGACGAGAAGGCUUUCUGCGAGUAUCACCAGACCUACGGACACUCAACAGCUCAAUGCUGGACCCUGGAACAAAGCUCGCAGCCAAAAUGGCAGCAGGAGAGCUCCAAAACGCGGUCAGCCUCAAGGACCUCGUCCCUAACGAACAACAGGAAAAAGCCGAGCCGAACGGUGCGGCGGAACCAGCGAAUCCUCCCAGACGAGGCGACAACCCCAAGCGGGACAGGCGAGACGAACCUGAAGAGCGACCCGAGCCGAGGCAAAGGAUAA